UCUCUCUCUCUCUCUCCGUCUCUCCAACGGCCUUUUCGUGGCUGUAAAAACCCUAACGCGGAAAAGUGGCGGUUCUCAGAAAAUAUCCGUCGGAAACGGAAGAUCUCAGGCCACAGCGAAGCAGGUGAUCGGACAGAAAUCCGGAAUCCGAGCUCUGAGCCGUUGGAUCAGACGAUCGAACCGCGAUCUUCUUAUCUCGGAGGCAUGUCUAUGAGAAUCAAAGCCGUCGUCGACAAGUUCGUGAAAGAGCUGCAAGAAGCUCUCGACGCUGACAUUCAAGACAGGAUCAUGAAGGAGAGAGAGAUGCAGAGCUACAUUGAGGAAAGAGAGAGAGAGGUUGCCGAAAGAGAGGCCGCUUGGAAGGCCGAGCUCUCUCGCCGCGAGGCUGAGAUCGCCCGGCAAGAGGCAAGGCUGAAGAUGGAGAAAGAAUACCUUGAAAAAGAGAAAAGUGUACUUAUGGGCACUGCAUUGAAUCAGGAUAACCAAGACGGUGCUCUCGAGAUCACUGUCAGUGGUGAGAAGUAUCGGUGCCUCAGAUUUUCAAAGGCAAAGAAAUGAGAUCUGUCAACAAAAGAAAGAGUUGUUAGCUACCCAGGACCUGUGCCAAGAUCAAUCUAAAUCAAGAUGCAUACAAGCAGGAAGUGCUUAGUUCCAGCAAGUCUCAUCGGUGUGGGUGUGGGUACUCGUUGGCAAUCUUUUCUCAUUAAUGAAAAUGGUGUUGUCGAUCAUGUCAAUUGAUUGGUUUCAGAUGUAGAAUAGAAGCUCAACACAAAUGGAGAAUUUGAAGUUGUAGUUUUACUGUUUGUUUUUAAAUGGAAAUGUAAUAUCAUUCACGAUUAUUUGUUUAAAACCAUUAGCUGUGAUUUUCUUUUCUA